AUGGUCGUCCCGGCCCACUGGUUUUUCAAGCUGUCUAUUGCGAAGGACCGCGUUAGGUUUCUGCGGCUCUACGCGACGUUCGGACUGGGCGUCGGGCUGCUGAUCGGACUCUCGGCGCACCACCCGAAGUAUACCAGCGAGCCCUUCAAGCCGUCCAUGUUGUACCGCCUGCACCUCAAGAGGCUGCUCUGGUCCGGCAAAAUCACGCAGGAACAGCACGACAAGUACCUUCACUACCAGUAA